AUGACCCCGACGCCCCCCCUCCUGCCGCCGCUGCUGCUGCUGCUGCUGCCGCCCCCUGGCCUCCCCGCCUGGACUACCUUCCCCCGGGACCCGCCCCCUCUGCUGACCUCCGACCUCCGCGGGGUCGCCUCGCCGUCGUGGUUUCGGGGAGCGGCGGGUGAGCCAGCGGCCCGGGAGCUGGGCCUCGACUUCCAGCGCCUGCUGAGGGUCAACGGGAGCCUGCUGGUGGCCGGGCGGGAUCAUGUUUUCUCCUUUGAUCUCCAGAGAGCUCAGGAGGGGUUGGUGCCUGACAAGUAUCUCACCUGGAAGAGUCGGGAUGUGGACAACUGUGCCGUGCGCGGCAGAGGGAGGAGCGAGUGCUACAACUACAUCCGGGUUCUGCUGGUUCGGGACCCCGAGACCCUGCUCGCCUGCGGCACCAACGCCCUGAGCCCCGCCUGCCGCACCUACCGGAUGUCCACGCUGGAGCAGGAGGGGCCGGAGCUGAGUGGCCAGGCCAGAUGUCCGUACGACACCGCCCAGUCCAGCGCCGCCCUCUUCGCCGACGGCAGCCUGUACUCGGCGACGUCGGCGGACUUCCAGGGGAGCGACGCGGUCCUGUACCGCAGCCUGGGCCCCCAGCCGCCCCUGCGCUCCCUCAAGUACGACUCCAAGUGGCUUCGAGAGCCCCACUUUGUCCAUGCCCUGGAACACCGGGACCACGUCUAUUUCUUCUUCCGUGAAGUCUCCGUGGAGUCUACGCGUCUCGGCCGGGUGCAGUUUUCCCGUGUGGGCCGCGUGUGCAAGCGGGACGUGGGGGGCUCUCCGCGGGUGCUCGAGCGCUACUGGACGUCCUUCCUCAAGGCCCGGCUCAAUUGCUCCAUCCCCGGAGACUCGGUCUUCUACUUCGACGUCCUGCAGGCCCUCAGCGGGCCCACCCUCCUCCACGGCCGCCCCGCCCUUUUCGGGGUCUUCACCACUCAGCCCAACAGCAUUCCCGGCUCGGCCGUCUGCGCCUUCUACUUGGACGACAUCGAGCGGGCGUUCGAGGGGAGGUUCAAGGAGCAGCGGAGCCCGGACGUCACCUGGAACCCCGUUCCCGAGGACAGGGUCCCCUCCCCGAGGCCGGGCUCCUGUGCGGGCACGGGCUCCGCCGCCGCCUUCCGCUCCUCCAAAGAACUCCCGGAUGACGUCCUGACCUUCGUCAAGGCCCACCCCCUGCUGGACCCGGCGGUCCCCGCCGCCGGCCACCACCCGCUCUUCACCUGGACCGGCAGCAGGUCCCGGUUGACCCAGGUGGUGGUGGAUCCUUACGCGGGGCCCCACGGCAAUGCCACGGUCCUGUUUCUGGGAGCGGAGGACGGGAAGGUCCUGAAGGUCCUGAGCCUCCCGGGUCCCAACGCAUCUGUGACCCCCAUCUUGGUGGAGGAGAUCGACGCCUACAACCCGGCCCGAUGCCGUGGAAAGCCGGAACCCCAGCGGGUCCUGGGUCUGGAACUGGACGCGGCCCACUAUGGACUCUUCGUGGCCUUCGCCGGCUGCCUCCUCCGCCUGCCGCUCGGCCGCUGCCCGGCCCACGGGGGAUGCCGCAGGACCUGCCUGGCUUCCCGGGACCCGUACUGCGUGUGGCUGCCUUCCGGGGAGUGUGUGGCCUCCGGCGGGCUCCAGGGAGUCGAUUUCGAGCAGGACGUGGAAGGGACUGCCGGGGAGCUUGGGGCAUGCCAGGAUUCAGCUCUGGGGAGCCGUUCCGGCCCUGAGGACCCCGUGUUCGGGGUCCGCCAGGAGCCGUCGCCACCCCCACCGCCCAGCCCGCUGCCCGUGCCCCUCCUCCUGGCCAGCGUCUCGGCUGCCUUCGCCCUGGGCGCCGCCGUCUCCGGCCUGCUGGUCUCCUGCGCCUGCCGCCUCGUCCAGCGCCAGGCGCCCAAGGACCCCGAGGCCGGCGGGCUCCCCCGGGCCCUAUCCCUGCGCUCGCUGGCCCGCCCGCCGCCGCCGCCCCCGCCGGGCAAGGAGCCCACCCCGGUCCCGACCCCGCCGCCACUCUACGCCACCUUCCUGCCCGCCCCGCCCGCCCCCGACCUCUCGGGCCUGCCCACGCCCGACGCCACGCCGGAGCUGCCCGCCAAGCGCCUACGCGCGGCCCCCGAGUGGAACCAGAACGGGAACAACGCGGGUGGGGGGAGGGCCCGCUCCCCCCGGGGACCCCCACUCUGCGCCCGCGUGCUGGUCCGCCCGCCGCCCCCCGGCUGCCCGACCCAGGGCGUGGAGGUGACCACGCUGGACGAACUCCUCCGCCACCUCCACGCCUCGUCGCCGGGUCCCACGACCCCCACCGCCCCCUUCGCCAACCGCGUCCGGCCCCUGCAGCCCCCGGCCCCUGAGCCCCUCGAGCUCUCCGAGCCCCCCGGCCCGGCCUCCUACUUCAGCGCCUCCACCCUCCCCCGCGACCUGGCCCCACCCCGCCGCCUGGACAUCCCCCCCGAUGGGCCCGGCCCGGCCCCCGCCCCGCGGUCCCGGCCCCCGCUCUCCGCCCCCGCCCCUCGGCUCGGGCUGGGGGACGGGCGCGGCGGGGGGGUGCAGGGGCCCCGGGCCCCCCCGGCCCUCCUGACCCGGGUCCCGCGGCGCUGGGAGAGGAGGGGGGGCCCCUCUCCGAAGCCCUCAUCGCCUCCCAAGGCCCCCCUGGAUCCUCUGGUCUCUCCUGGCCCGCUGCCCCCCACCGGACGCUUUGACUUUUGACCCUGCCCCGCCGGUUGGGGGGCGGAGGGGGUGUGAGGACCCAUCGUGCAAGACACGGGGAUUGGGUGGUGGGGGGGAGCAGGGAGGGAGGAGUUGCAGAUGAGGCAGACCGGAGGCUCCCUUGGCACGGCGCCCCUACUCCCCACUCUGCCAUCCCCGUAUUCAUCAACUCCACUGUCUUCCGGAAGGACCCGGGGGUGGGGGCUCGCCCCCUCACGGACCCCCCCCGGGCCGAGUUGCCUUAACGACCCUCCCCCUCCUCCCCGGCCAUCCAGACCCCCAGUUCCCCCGGGGGGCGGGGGGCGUGUACAGUGUACAGAGCUCUCGGGGAGGCCCCCCCACCCCGAGACGUCAGACACUCCUACCGUGUAGGAGCCGUUACCCCCUGGGGGACAGUACAUCCAGUCGGGCCGGAGGGGAGACGCGGCCGUCUCUUCUCUGAGUCUCUCUGGUCUCUUCUCACCCGUCUCCGGCCUGCUUACCGCCCCCGCACCCGACCGGCCCCGUGUUAGCGUCCGCCUCAGGCUUCCCCGUUCCCACCCAGACCUGUCGGUCCGUCCACCCUAUGGUCCGGGAGAGUGGCCCUCCCACCCCGUCCGUCCCGCUUUUUCACCACUGCAUCGGGCCUAUCCUUUCUCCCCCACAGGUCCUUUUCCACACGGCCCCGUGUCUCCAGCUGUCUCUUUUACUCCCUAUGUCCGUCCCUUUGGCCCCCUCUACUCAAUCUAGUUCCACUGCCCAACCCCCGCUCCGAGUUUCUGCUGUCCUCUUCUCUCUGGGGUUUUGGGUGGGCCUUCUGUAAUGGGAAGUUAAAGGUGCAGAUCUGCCCCCCUCCCCCGAGGCCACCAGGCGCCCCCUCUCCCUCAGCUCUAGCCUUGCGUGGAGGCGGAGGGAGGGAUGGACCGACCCUUCCUGCUCAGAGGCGACUUGGGUUCUCCCACCCCGUUUCAUAUAUUGGGGUUUUGAUUGUAAAUAUAUUUAUAUGUACAGCGGCCUGUCCCCGAUGGGGAAGUGUGUGUGUGUGUGGGUGCGGGGAAAUGUGGAACCAAUAAAUUUUUCCCAAACCCC